UUUGACUCGUUUGGAGAAGCUUCUGCCAUCAGUUAGGGCCACCGAAUCUCUCGAAGCCUCAUCAACGCACCAACCCAAUGGAACUACUGCUGGCAUGACCCCCAAUGCUGCAAAGAACAUUGUUUUGGCUUCAUCGCCGAUGUUAGGAGGAACCGCCGGACAAAACUUGGUCCAGACAACGGAGGUGAUAUAUCGGACGCAGAGUGUCCAGAGAAAUGUGGCCUCGAUGUCGAUGGAGAUGAACAAAGUUGGCCCUGACUGGGCCAGCGGCAGGACUGCGUGCGUCCCUGAUUCGCAGCCGAGUAGCAUCGUGCCAUUUUCAAGCAUUCGCCAGCAGCUGUCACCGGCCCCUUGUUCGACGCCAGACAGCUGCGACAGAAGUAUGGCGGCUUUAUUUGGUACUAUACCAGAUAAGGCAGAAUCAGGCUCGGUAUCAGCAGGGAGAAAUGGUGAAACGGGUGAGAUUUUUCCGACGCGUGAAGAUAAUGAUGCCCCUGAGUCAAAUAUGAAACCAGUCGCCAAUAAAAGCAAUGGACAAGAGACAACCGUGAAGCCAAAGGCAGUGACCUUCACAGCAAGUCAACCAUCUCCAGGCGGAGAACGCUAUCACCCCCAAAAUGGAGCAUCAUCUCAGAGUGUAGAGACUGAAAAGCCCCGUACUCGCGCCAACCGACGAACAUACAGCAAGAUACGCCAGUCUGGGGCGAGUACUUCUGUCAGACCUCAGCCCCAACAUGCAUCGCCGGCAGUCUCUCGCAACUCUUCCCACCUUGAUAACCUGGGCCCCAUCCGGAUCAAGAAGACGAAGCAUUCGUACGAAAGCACGCCGAAAGGAGCGCAAGCGGUACCGGAAUACUUGGAACGCAAGACGAGCCCCGCCAAGCUCGCUUCGGGAAGCAGCAGGCCAGGUUCUAUAAAUGAGAACCAGAGGAACCAGAAACCCCCGGGUCGAAUGGCAAGGGGACGGAGAGCACGCGGUGCCCGUUACAACGCGCGGUUCAACAAGGAAAACUAGUGCCGGAACGAGGGAUGAUCAAUUGAGCAGCGACAAACGUAUCCUAUACAUUACCAUAUAUAUCCU